UGUUUAUUCGAGAGUGAUGAAACUGGAUACAAAACGCUGCCCGACCAUGUGUAUAUAUACGAUCACUUACUUAAGACAUAUAUCAAACCCACAAAACAAAACUUAAAACAAGAUUAUUUUUCCACCUGAAACAACAGAAAAACUAAACACGAAAAAAUGGAACCUUCAGAUCAAGAAUCUCCAAAGGUCGUGGAAACAUCAUCAAACAUAUCCAAUGAUUCAUCAGCAUCCGAGAAAGGAGAAGCAACAAGGCAACAACAACAACAUCAAUCCAACAAUAGGUACGCACUUACAGUUGACGAGGUGAUCGAGCAACACAUAGGAGCACUUGGUUUAGCUCAGAUCUUGCAUGCUCUCUUGGUCUCUAUCGCUUGGACCUUUGAUGCUCAGACCACGCUUGUAUCAAUUUUCUCCGACGCUCUGCCCGCUGCGAGGCUUAUCGCAACCGGCGCCAUCGUGGAGGGCUCAUCGCUGUGUGGUUUGUCCACUCAUGAAUGGGAAUGGGUCGGAGGAAAGACCGACACUAUUGUUUCUGAGUGGAAUCUCAUAUGUCAACACAAGUUUCUUGUGGCUCUUCCUUCCACUCUCUUCUUCAUUGGAUCUCUUUUCGGUUCCGGAGUUUAUGGAUAUCUUGCUGAUUCAUGGUUUGGUCGGAAAAAGACUCUGUUUCUCUCUUGCGUAUUAACGUUUGUCACGGCUUUGGCGAUCUCCUUUUCUCCAAACGUCUGGGUUUACGCCUUCUUGCGUUUCGCAAACGGUUUUUUCAGAUCAGGAAUCGGGUCUUGCUGUAUCGUACUCGCGACGGAAGUCGUCGGUAAAAAAUGGAGAGGCCAAGUAGGGCAAUACGGUUUCUUCUUCUUCACGUUAGGUUUUCUAUCUCUGCCACUAAUGGCUUACUUGGAGAGGAAGUCAUGGAGAAACCUUUACCGGAUCAUAUCGGUUCUUCCUCUCAGUUACGCACUUUUUCUCUUGCCCUUUGCCUAUGAGUCCCCUCGAUGGCUUCUUGUCAAAGGACGUAAUAAAGAAGCCAUGGUGGUCUUGAAGAAGCUCGCCAGGCUCAAUGGGAAACAACUUCCAGCGGAUCUCAGCCUUGUCGAUCCAAUUCCGACGAGAGAUAGUCAAACUUCGUCGUCGGAGAAUUUUUGGAAAACGAAAUGGGCAGUGAAAAGGAUCGUGAUGGUUAUGAUGGCUGGAUUUGGCAGUGGUUUUGUUUAUUACGGAAUACAACUAAACGCCGAGAACCUCAACUUCAAUCUCUAUUUAACAGUCGCGGUUAACGCUCUGAUGGAGUUUCCAGCGGUUUUCAUCGGAAGUUUCCUCCUCGGUGUCAUGAACCGCCGUCCACUGUUCUCCAACUCAUCAUACCUCGCCGGAAUCUCGUGCUUACUCUGCGCUGUACUCUCGCUCCAACGGGUGACCCGUGCGGUAUCCGUUGCGAAAUGGCUGCAGCUUGCGGUUGAGGCGGUUGGGUUCAUGGCUUCCUCAACGGCGUACGAUGUCCUAUAUGUCUAUUGCGUCGAGCUAUUCCCGACAAACGUGAGGAACUUUGCGGUCUCGCUGCUGCGUCAAGCGUUUAUGCUAGGAGCGUCUGCAGCGCCGUUGCUAGUUGCGUUGGGGAGAGAUAGCGCAAUGAUGUCGUUUCUUGUGUUUGGAGUUGCGUCUGUUUUGAGCGGCGUGGUGAGUCUCUGGCUAAGAGAAACUCGAAACGCUCCACUUUAUGAAACGCUAACGCAGCAGGGGAAAGAGGAAGAGAUGGGAAACUAACCGAACGGAACACUCCUGAUUAUUUAGUUGCGUUCACGGUGCUGUGAUGCGAAGGAAAAUUUGUCCAAUAAAUGGAAAAAUGUAAAAUUUCUCAAUUUCCACUGUUGGUGUUUAUUCUGAAGAAAUGCUAAAAAAUAAUUAGUCAAAUCCAAUAAUCUCGAAGGCUGUGUUGCAAGGAAUUGUUUCAAGAGACGGAAGAUGGAAACUCAUUUAAACAGAGAUUGUAAGCAAAAAGCGAUCCAACCUUAAUAAAA